AUGAAGUGCUUCCCCUUCUUCAAGGAGAAAUUCCGAGGCUUACCUUCGGAACGAAGAUCAGCCCCAGCUUCCAUUUCCAACUCGAAGCUUGUGUCCACAUAUGGCACUGGAACCAGCGCCUCCUGUGGAUCAGAGACCAACAAGAACUCAUGCAAGUCUUCAGGCUCAGCGUCUUCAACCCGCAGCAUACCAGCCGUGUUUGACGAGAAGGCCCACAACCUGCGGGUCUUUGAUUUCAAGGAGCUCUCCAAUGCAACGAAUGAUUUCAGUCGGCUGCUGAAGAUCGGCGAAGGUGGAUUUGGGAGCGUCUACAAGGGCUUUAUAAAGUCCCCCGAAGCUCCAGGGAGAAGAGCCACGGUGGCCAUUAAGACUCUUAAUCAGAACAGUCUGCAGGUGAGAGAAGAAGAAGAAGAAGAAGAAAAUUCCCAUCUUCUUGGACUCAUAAUGCAUCCAUCGUGUGCCCACCAUUUUGGAUGAACUGAGAAGUGAUUAAUUAGGUGGAUAGCUCUUUUCAACUGGGUUUUCUUUGUGGUUGGCUACCCGAGUUUUAAUCAGCUUCAGCUGAUUUUCAAUUGGUUUCUUAGAUAUUUAGAUUUUCUGCUGGGGUCUGACAAAUUUUCUCCAAACUGCUGAUCCCAUUAUUUUUUUGUGCACAUUGUGUGGAUCUUUUCCCUCUGGGUAGCAUGCAAGCAUGAUUUAUUUAUAUUUUACUAAAUAUCCAUUGCCUUUUUAUUAUUUUUUCAGGGGCAUAAACAAUGGUUGGCAGAAGUUCAAUUCCUCGGUGUUGUUGAUCACCCUAAUCUGGUAAAACUCGUUGGAUACUGCGCUUCAGAUAAUGAGAGGGGCAUCCAGAGGUUACUGGUCUAUGAGUAUAUGCCUAACAAGAGCUUAGAGCAUCAUCUCUUUAACAAGGCUUAUCCUGUUUUGCCCUGGGAUAAGAGACUGAAGAUAGUCGUGGAUGUUGCAGAAGGAUUGAGAUAUCUCCAUGAAGGGCUGAGUAUCCCGGUCUGUUCUACAACCCUAAGACUCUACUGGUGCCUCUUUUUUCCAUAGUCAUCUUAUUUUCAUUUCCAUAUACUUUUCUUCUAGUUUUCUUGAGGAAUUAAAUCUCCUCAACAGUCAUUUAUGCCUAAAUUCAGACAUUUUUUAGAUCGAUGGGUAUAAUAACCCAUGCAAUUUUAUGAUGAACAGCAGGAGAUCCGGAGUCCUGCUCGGGCUUAAUCAUAAUAAUUAAUUAUCUAGAGCCUGCAGGUUCUGUGUCAUGGUUCCUGGGCUUUAGUGGGUUGCAGGGUGCCCACCAGGUCUCCUUACCCACGAACUUAGCAGUUUUCACUGUUUCUUUUUUAUAUAUAUAACGAAUUCUGGUUUCAUCUCCUUCCAAAGAGGAUUCUCUCCUCUAAUUCGGUUCAGUUUUUUAUUAUUAGGUUCACAUUAUUCUAUUUUUGGUACAUUAAUUCAGUUUAUGAUUCGAGGGAAUCUGGGGUUGACUUUCUUGAAACCAAAUCUCAGAGUCUGAGAAGAAUGCUCACAUUCUGAUUUUACAGUCUGAAAAGGGCCGGGAUGAAUCAGGGACCUAAGCUCAUGCCCAGAGCAUGGAGAAAAACUGAUCACAUCGUCUAAAUUUAGUUCAUUUAUGAUUGCCCAGAGCAUGGUGAAAAACGGAUCACAUCGCCUAAAUUUUGUUCAUUUAUGAUUGCCCAGAGCAUGGAGAAAAACAGAUCACAUCACCUAAAUUUAGGGUACUUAUGAGUUGACUUUCAACCUCAGUUGCGAUAUAUAUAUAUAUAUAUAUAUAUAUAUAUAUAUAUAUAGAUAGGUUUUGCUGAUUGUCGAGUGGAGGAUACCCAGUUGACUGAUUGGCGGCUGUUGAGCUUGCUUUCUUGCUCUGAAAUCUCUGUGGUUGAUGAGCAGGUUAUAUUUCGGGACUUCAAGGCGUCCAACGUGCUGUUGGAUGAGAACUUCAAGCCAAAGCUGUCGGACUUUGGGCUGGCCAGGGAGGGACCUUCAGACGGGCGCUCCCAUGUCUCUACGGCGGUAUGCUCCUUGCUCAUCUUGCAGAGUAUUUUCCCCAAUUUGCUGUUCUACCCUAGAACCAGGAAGAACCCUAGAGAAGAGGCAGCCUACACUGGAACAGAAGAAAGUUCUCAGGUAUAUUGAGGAAGAUCAUUGAGGGGAAGGGGUUUUUUUUUUUCAGAGGGAUGGAGCCCGUAGAACUAGGAAGAACCCUAGAGAUGGCAGCCUGACCAAGAACAGGAAGAAGUUUGUCGAGCAUAGUGAGGAAGAGAAUUGAGGGGAACGGGUUUUUUUUUUCAGAGGGAUGGAGGGGUUGAAGCUUGGAUAGAAUCAUUCUGUUCUUUGGGGGGUGGGAGUUCUUGAUUUCCUUGAUUAGGGUUUGUUUUUUCUUUAAUAGAAGGAGAGAGGACCUCCCUGCCUGCCCUCUUUGGCUUUUCCUCCUCCGGUUCCAAAAUAGAACCAUAAGCUUAGGUUCCCUAGAGAGGAGGAAUAGGCGGGUGAUAUUAGGAUCUCUCCAUGCCAGACUGCGGCUGGUUUGCAGAUCCUCUCGAGGAAGUAGAUCACCUCAUGGCUGCUGAAUCUUCAGGCCUGGUUCUUCCUCCUCCUAACAAGUGGAACACAGGAUUUGUAAUCAGGGGGGACCAGUCUUCGUCUCCCUCGGCGCGGCGCCCUUCUGGAACCCUAAUUUUAUUAGGAUCUCCUCCAUGGUAGACUGCGGCCGGUAUGCAGAUUUUCUCGGGGAAGUAGAUCACAUCAUGGCUGCUGCAUCAUCAGAUCUGGUACUUCUUCCUAGCCAGUGGAACACGAGAUUAAUGAAACCCUAAUUCCGCAGGUGAUGGGAACCCACGGGUACGCAGCCCCGGAGUACAUCGAGACGGGGCACCUGACGACGAAGAGCGACCUCUGGGCCUUCGGCGUCGUCCUCUUCGAGAUACUCACCGGCCGGCGGGCGCUGGACAGGAACCUACCCAAGCCGGAGCAGCGCCUCCUCGACUGGGUGAAGAAGUUCCCUCCGCGGAGCCAUAGGUUCGCUGCUGUGAUGGACCCCCGCCUGGAGCAGCGCUACUCAGCCGCGGCGGCGCGGAUGGUGGCGGAGCUCGCCAAUGCCUGCCUCGCCAAGAGCCCCAGGGACCGCCCCGCCAUGGGAGAGGUGGUCGAGAGCCUCCGCCGGGCCCUGGAGGUGACGGAAUCUGGCGAAGAGCCGGAGGAUCAGCCGGCGGCGUCGCCGCGGUCGAGCGACGCCGCCGCCGGCGGGGAGGAGCAGGAGGGUGGAAAGGGCGCCGGCGUCGCUGCGUCUACGAAGAGGCGGCUCUUCCACCUCGCCAAACUAGCGGAGACCGCCAAUGCAGAACACAUCAGGAGGCUCUACCCAAUGCACCGGUUUAACCGAGGCUGA